GCACUGUUUUUAACCUCCCUUUUUUGCGGUGCUCGCCGACGACACCACCAGCCGAAACACGGCGGGGAGGUGACUAUUUCGUAAAUAUGGCAACCUCAAGAGGAGUCAACUUGUUAUUUCAACUGAAAACUAUUCAAUUAAGUAGUUUGUUCAAUGUGUCAUCCAAGUCACUGCAUUUAUGUAGCAAGUGUAGUGUUUCAAGGGUUCGAAAGAGUGCUUCACUGCUCUCGCCCCUCGCUACAGGAUUGUCCUCCACUUUAGCACCAGCAUGUUCAUUUCAUACCAGCCACUCCUUGACGAAGCAUGAUUACUAUCAGUUGUUAAAUGUAGCUCGGAAUGCCUCUCCAAAGGAAAUUAAAAAGGCCUAUUAUAAGUUAGCCAAAGAGUAUCACCCCGACACAAACAAAAAUGAUCCAAAUGCAGCUCGUAAAUUCCAGGAAGUCUCAGAAGCCUAUGAGGUUCUUAGCGAUGAAACUAAGCGCCAAGAGUAUGACCAAUGGGGAACCACAUCCGAACAGAUGAACAGGAGUGGUCAAGGUGGAAUGGGAGGUGGGAACUGGAAUUUCGAUGACAAUAUCAAUCCUGAGGAGCUGUUUAGGAAAAUUUUUGGUGAAGCUAAUUUUAACCAUGGUGCCUUUGGAGAAAACCUCCGUGAAACUGAUUAUCAUGCCAACAAACAUGGCUUUGCUGGAGCUGAAGAGAUCAUCUUAAACCUCACCUUUGCUCAAGCUGCCCGAGGUGUUGUCAAAGAAGCUCUUAUCAAUGUUGUUGACACCUGCGUGUUAUGUAAAGGGUCUCGUUGUAUGCCUGGGUCCAAGGCUGGUCCUUGCACUUGGUGUAAUGGAACUGGAAUGCAAACUGUCAGUAACGGACCCUUUGUUAUGAGAUCUACUUGCCGUUACUGCAAAGGUACUGGAAAGUAUAUUAAAUUCCCCUGUACAGAGUGUGAUGGAAAUGGAAUAAGCAUUCAAAGGAGGAAAGUAAAGAUUCCAGUUCCAGCAGGAGUGGAUAAUGGUCAUGUUCUUAGAAUAACUGUCCCUAAUAGAGAAGUAUUUGCAACCGUUCGAAUAGAGAAAAACAAUUAUUUCAAACGAGAUGGCGUCAAUGUGCACACAGAAGCUACCAUUUCUGUAUCACAAGCAGCUCUUGGUGGAACUGUCCGUGUUCAAGGUGUAUAUGAAGACCAGACUAUCCAGGUGGCUCCACUCACAUCAUCACAUACCACAAUUCGCUUAAAAGGAAUGGGUAUUAAGAAAUUGGAGCAAUCCGGAAGUGGGGAUCACUUCGUCACUCUAAAAAUAGGUAUGCCAAAAAAGCUGAGCGACAAGCAGCAAUCCCUUAUUCAAGAGUAUGCAGAGACAGAAGUGGACACUCCAGGAACCAUCUUUGGAAUAGACAUCAAAGAACGGAAAGCAGGUAGUGGUGGCAACUGAAAAUCUGAUGAACGAACUACAAAACAAAUAAAAUGAAAUCUGCUAAUGUCUUUAGCAUCAGUCAAUUGUUUAGUUUAAGGAAAAAAUUCUGUAGAAGCAUUGUAUUAAUAGCAUGCACUGUGGUGAGCCUCAAUACCGAAAAACUCUAUUGAAAUAUAUUUAUGAAGGUUCCCCCCUCCAAAAGUAAGAA